GGUUUAAGUGGUUUGGUUUAGCUCGAUUUAAUUCGGUUUAGUUCGGAUCAAAUCUCUACACUUGAGAAGCGUAUCUCUGUCAAGUGUCAACGAGCGUCUCAAAAUCUAACCGUUGGAUCAAUUCUUUUGACGGUCAUAGUCUCGCCGGCAGCAUCGAACGGGAUGUCGCCGGAUAAAUCUCCCACGUGAGCUACUCCGCCGCCUACGACUGAUAAUUGGUGCGAUCCUGGGGAUUCUUUCAACAAGUUACUGUGAUUUAGUUGCUUUAUCUUCUGUUGUUGGAGGAAUCGUAGGUUAGCGAUGACAUUGCUCUUGGAAUUUGUCUUAAGUAAGUACGAUUGAUUGAUUUAGGUUGCUUUUGAUCUUUGGAUGAUUCUGUUGUUGAAGCUGAUUCAGCAACUCUAAAGCAAAGUCUUUUAUCAGUGGAGGAGAAUGUUCAAAUGCAAGUUGGAAAAUUUCUCCAAUUGGAUGAUUGAGAAGGUAUUAGAGCUCUAUGGCUAAAGGUCCUUGUCUUAGGUCUCGUGGAGUAGUAGAAUAUGGAUCCUUGUGAUGUGAAGUAUUGUGUCAAGUUGGGAUUAUUUUAUUAAGGAGAGGCUGAUUUUUUCCACAAUGUUGUCGUCUUUGAUAAAGUCUUGGUUUUAUUUAAACAAAUGACUAAUUCCCAAACGUGGUGGAGUUAACAACCAAAAACAACAUGAUUGAUUGAUUCUGAAUUCACUGAGAGUUUCUGGGGAUCUAGAUAUCAAAAAUCUAUCAUGAGAGAAACAAGAGAAGAGAAAGUGGCGUGGAGGUAUUUUACCAGAGAUGUUGUGCCGUUUGCUGCUAUGUUUGCGGUGGAGUGUACCACGGUUGGGUCAAACACACUGUUUAAGGCUGCAACUAUAAGAGGAUUGAGUUUCUAUGUCUUUGUCUUCUACUCUUAUGUUGUUUCAACACUUCUCCUUCUUCCACUUUCUUUAAUCUUUGGAAGGUCAAGAAGAUUACCAUCAGCCAAGUCUCCUUUUUUCUUCAAGAUUUUCUUACUUGGGCUUGUCGGGUUCAUGUCGCAGAUAGCUGGUUGUAAAGGUAUAGAAUAUAGUUCCCCAACUCUUGCCUCUGCUAUCAGCAACCUCACACCCGCUUUCACAUUCACGCUCGCUGUUAUCUUCAGGAUGGAACAAGUAAGGUUAAGAAGCUCUGCGACUCAGGCUAAAAUCAUUGGCGCAAUACUAUCUAUAUCUGGUGCUCUGGUAAUUUUGCUAUACAAAGGCCCACAAGUUCUCGCUGCUGCAUCUUUUACACCUUUAUCACCUACCAUUUCACUUCACCAGCAUUUGGCCUCAUUAGAGUCAAAGUGGACAAUCGGAGGGCUCUUGCUUGCUUCACAGUAUUUUCUUAUAUCAGUUUGGUAUAUUCUUCAGACUCGUGUCAUGGAGGUAUACCCUGAAGAAAUAACCGUAGUCUUCUUCUACAACUUAUUUGCAACACUAAUCUCAGUACCAGUAUGUAUUUUUGCGGAGAGCAACUUGACUUCUUGGGUGCUUAAACCAGACAUUUCCCUCGCUGCAAUCAUAUACUCGGGAGUCUUCGUUUCAUUAUUCAGCGCUCUUACCCACACAUGGGGUUUGCAUAUGAAGGGUCCGGUAUACAUAUCCUUGUUCAGGCCAUUGUCUAUUGCGAUUGCAGUCGCCAUGGGUGCUAUAUUCCUCGGAGAUUCGCUUCACCUUGGGAGUGUCAUCGGAUCAAUGAUAUUGUGCAUUGGAUUCUACACUGUGAUUUGGGGCAAAGCAAGAGAGGAUACAAUCAAAACUGUAGCUGGUUCUGAGCAGUCACCUUUUCUGCUUACACAUAUCAUAGAAGAUGAAGCCUUUCCAUUAAAUUAGGAUUGAUGCAAGUGGAUUCCUUAUACUAUUCAUUAAUAAAUAUGUAUCCUUAAAACAUGUGUUUAUAUAUGUCUAUACAUAAAAGAUAUAAUUUUCUUGUAUUAUUAUGAGAUUACAUGUGAAUGAGUAGUUUUUUUUCUUCA